UCCAAAAUGUAGGUUUGAGUACAAACGAUCUGAAACUCCCACUAGAUACUACUGCUACUGUGGGAAGGUAGAAGAUCCAGAGUUGGACCCAUGGCUGGUACCUCACUCAUGUGGCCAAGUAUGUGAGAGGGAAUUUAAACCUCCAUGUGGGCAUAAAUGCCUACUGCUCUGUCACCCGGGUCCUUGUCCUCCUUGCCCAAAGAUGGUCGCAAUAGCCUGUUACUGUAAGAAGGCUAAACCAGUUCCGCGAAGGUGCAGUACCAAAGAAUGGUCAUGUCAGCUGCCAUGUGGUCGAAAACUGCCAUGUGGACAGCACAAUUGUGAGAAUCCUUGUCACCCAGGAAAUUGUCAGUCUUGCCCACGAGUCAGUAAACAAAGGUGUGUCUGUGGUAGACAAAUAGCAGAAAGACUUUGUGCAAGUCCAUUUUGGCAGUGUGAGCAGGUGUGUGGGAGAACUUUGCCUUGUGGUAAUCAUACAUGUGAACAAAUUUGUCACUCUGGUCCCUGUGGAGAAUGUCCUCGAUCUGGGAAAAGACCCUGUCCAUGUGGGAAAUCAAUGUUUUUUUUGCCUUGUACGGAAGAUGUACCUACUUGUGGAGAUAGUUGUGACAAAGUUCUUGAAUGUGGAAUCCAUAGGUGUUCGCAGCGUUGUCAUCGAGGUCCCUGUGAAAUUUGUAGACAGGAAGUUGAAAAGCAGUGUCGUUGUGGAAAGCAUACUAAACGCAUGCCAUGUCAUAAACCGUAUCUCUGUGAGACAAAGUGUACUAAAAUUCGUGAUUGCCAGAAGCACCAAUGCAAGAGAAAGUGUUGUUCUGGAAACUGUCCACCUUGUGAUCAACUCUGCGGACGGACUUUAGGAUGUAGAAAUCACAAGUGUCCUUCUGUUUGCCACAGAGGUAGUUGCUACCCAUGUCCGGAGACAAUAGAUGUGUUGUGCAAUUGCGGUAAAACUGUUCUCAAAGUACCCUGUGGCAGAGAACGUAGCACCAAGCCUCCAAAAUGCAAAGAGCCAUGCAGUCGGCCACCAACCUGCCAUCACUCCAGCCAAGAAAAACACACUUGUCACUUUGGCCCUUGCCCUGCAUGUCGUCAGUCCUGUCAGAAAGUGUUAAAGUGCAGUCACUUGUGUCCUGCUUCUUGCCAUGAUGAAGCUCUUGUGAAGCAAACUGGCUUGCAUCAACCUGUUGGUCCCUGGGAACAGCCGUCUGAGCCAGCUUUUAUUCAAACUGCAUUACCUUGCCCUCCGUGUCAGGUUCCUGUACCAACCAAAACAUUGAUACUACUUCAGAUGCCUUAUUGCAUUAAGGAAUACAGCUCUGUAACAACAGAUGUAUCGACUUAUGGUAAUUUGAUGGUUGAAUUUUGGAAAAUGAUUGCAGGCAGGUCUUUAAGUUCUAUUGCUGAUAUUAAAACCACUUUUCAUGCAGAAAAGACUGGGAUGAGCUGCUCAAAUUUAGAAGAUUUUGUGAGUCCUUUACCAUGUCACUCUGCGGGCCCCUACUCAUGUAAAAGACUUUGUGGACGGCUGCUUGAUUGCCAGAAUCAUACCUGCAUGAAGGAAUGUCAUAAAUGUACCAAAGUAAAUGGUAAUGCUGACAGGCAAAAGGCUAGUCCAGAAUGUUCUCAGUGUGAGGAGGCGUGUACCAAACCACGACCACCGGGCUGUCCUCACUCGUGCGUUUUGCCCUGUCAUCCUGGCCAAUGUCCACCAUGUGUCCAAAUGCUUAAAAUAAAGUGUCACUGCAAACUCACAAACCUAUAUAUUGAAUGCAUAAAAAUAACUUGUGCUGACUUAAAAGAAAAGGAUCUUCUCAGUUCCUGCAAAAAUCAGUGUCCAAAAGAGUUGUCCUGUGGUCAUCGAUGUAAAGAGAUUUGCCAUUUGGGUGAUUGUCCUCAAAAUUGCAACCAGAAGGUUAAACUCAGAUGUCCAUGCAAGAGAAUGAAAAAGGAAUUACAAUGCAGCAAGGUACAAGAAGGCCAGGUUUCACUAGAAUGUGACACGUUGUGUAAGGAAAUGAAACGAAAAGCAUCUGAGAUAAAAGAGGCAGAAGCCAAAGCUGCUAUUGAAGAAGAAAAGCGAAGGCAACAGGCUGAACUAGAGGCUUUUGAGAACAGGUUAAAAGGACGACGAAAAAACAAGAGAAGAAAGGAUGAAGUAGAAGUUGAGCAAUCAGUGUGGCAAAAAUAUAAGAAUUUUAUUGUACUGCCAGUGUGUGGAUUUGCUAUUGUGAUGCUUGCGUGGCUCAUGGCUUACAACAACUGAAAUAAUUUGAUCUAUUGUAAUAUACCUUAGUUGGGCUUUGGGUACCUCUUAUUGCUAGAAUGUUAGUCUAUAUAUAAUAGAACUUCCUGUUCAUAAUUCAGUUGUAUAUGUAAUGGAUGUCAUGAAGGAGAAAAAAGCCUGUGAAGCUUUUAAAUCUUAGCCAAAAGCACAAGAAGAUGAAUUCAAAGUAGAAUCGUUUAAAGUUGUACAGUACAUGUGGUCAUGCAGUCAAUUCUGCCUAGUUUCACCGGCUCUGUUUUAAUAUAUUGUAUUAUUUCUCAUUAAAUCCACUUUGCAAUGUCAAGCAUAGGUUUUUUUUUUAAAUGUAGUUCCACUGCAUACUGGGACACUUGUAAAAUGAGGUUAAAUUGAACCAUAUUUGCAGUAAAUCAACAUAUUAUUUUUGCCAGUUUAAUAAGCAGAGGCCACUCUAUGUAUGGCAAGCUAGGCAGCUGCCUAGUAUGGCAGAUUUCUGGGCAGCUGCCUAGAAAGGAAGAUUUAGUCCAGCUGCUUCUCUGUGAUGGUGGGGGACAGUCGGGCCAAAUUUGAGUGAGGUUGUGAUCCCAUGAUGACAGAGGGGAUGACCAGCCCAAAUUUGAGUGGUGGGGUGACCCUAGGUUGCUGUACCACUUUCUCAGAUUUGGCCUGGUCACGUUUCAGUGAUGUGAGGGCAGUGCACUGAAGUGUUGCCUAGGGCAGCAGAUUGCCUUGAGCUGCCACUGUUAAUAAAGUAUUUUUAUUCUUUGAUUUUAGAUAAAUCAUAAUUCAUACAAAACAAAAUAGGAAGAUCCAUCCUUUGGCAAAUUUAAUCAUCAUUUUAUUGAUUUAGAACUUCAAAUGGUCUAGAAGACUUGGACUUUCCACAGUGGAAAUGACAGCUUUCCUCACAAAAGAUUUAUUUACUUUGCUGGCACUAUCACAAACAGUACAGUGGGUCUAACAUUGUUACUUUUUAAAUUCUUAAUUUUUCUGUGCCUCAAAAAAAACCAAAAAAACAAAAACAUCCUAAUGGAAUCUCAGACUUGUGCUGAUCACAUGGAUAGUCGCUUGACAGUGAAGUGAGCUCUCAAAGCUGUGCUGUCUUGUGACAUCUUUUUCUUGAACAAAUUUCCUUUACAGUAUAAGGAAAAGCCCACUUUGUUUUUCUGCUUUCAUAUAUUCCUUUAGUGAUAAGUAGAGACUUACUCCAAAUCCAUGCCAUAAAGGUGGACUUUGCUCCUCCAGGCCAGAGCGCAAACAGUAUUUUUUUGUGAACACUUACGCCAAGUAAUCGUCCUUUUGAUGUAGAGAGGAGAAAAGAGGAGGAGAUGUUCCUUAAAUGGAUGUAUGAAAAUAGUCAGUUCUGUUGUCAAAUAGUGUGUUGCGAACCUGUUUGCAGCAGAAAUGUUCACAUCAAUGUGAGCAGGGCUUUGUUGAAGCAGUUCUCACCUUACUUGAAAUGAACUCAUUUUUUCUAUGACUGUGUUGGCUAUUUCUUUAUUAAAACAAAUCCAUUGUAACGUGUCUGCCUGCUUAGCUCUACUUCUGUUGCUAAAAGAGAAGGAAUCCAUCUCUCCAAAGAGAGAAACCGUGUGAAAAUCAUCUGCUCUUGCAUCAGAAGCUUUGUGUAGAUUGCUUUGCAUAUUUUGUAUCAACUUGAUGUAAAAUAUUAGAGGGAAAUACUGUCUACUUCAUUGGUCAUGUGAAAUAUUUGUAUUAAUCAUUUUGAUUGGCAGGAAAACACAUUGCCGUUUCUAAAUUCUUUCUUUUCAUAUGUAAAAGACGUAUCCUCUUAUUAAAGGGACUAAUUCUCUCCUGAUCUGUUGGUAUGAGAGAAAGAUAGAACUUAAAAUAGACAAAAUAUCAAAAAUAGUGGUAUAUAAUCCAAGCGCAGAAAAGCAUUUUAGUCAUUUGCACUCUACCGCAAGCAGUGCUUGUUGAUCUAAAUAUUCAUGAAUCCUAGCAUCAAGGAAUGUGAGUGGGUUAAAACAAUCUGCAUCUUAAAUGCAACAGAUUACUAACUUUUCUUCUCUUCCACUUACGUGAUUUUAUACAUUUGAUUCCUUACAUUUUAAUGUUGGAUGAGGAGGCUAGUCUGUUUGUUUAUGGAUUCAACAAAGUAUUGGAAGUACACCAUCAGCUAACACCUUUAUGAUCAUUUACUCAAUACUUGAAUUGUUUAUAACUUGCAUAAAGAAAAUAUUGAAGCUAGCUGUUUGCAACCGUUUAAUGUAGUAGAAACAUACUAUGUAAAGCAUAAUGAACAAACAUUCAAAUAUUAAGAAUUUUAAUUUGCAAAGAAAAUAAUAAUGGAAAAGUCGAUCAGCACAAGUGACAUAAGUACUAGAAGGGAAGUGCCUGAUUGGCAUACAUACUUGUCAGUCUUAAAAUAUAGUAUAUUUAGCUAUGUAUUUAAGUACAAAGCAUCUUCCAAAUCUGAAUACCUCCUGAAGGGUGCUAAGCAACCUCAUCUCCCACUAGUAUUAAUAGGAGUUAAAGGUGCUCUGUUACCUUGCAGAGGUCAUUCAGCAUCUUGGAGGAUUGGGCCCUUAGAUUGUAAGCUCCUUGGCAGCAGGAAACCCGUCAUUUAUCUGUAAAGUACCAUGCAUACUAUGGCACUGUAUACCUUACAGUCAUCUGUAAAAACCCAGCCAGAUAAUAAACAGGGCAUAAAAUCCA